ACUGCGAAAACAUCAAGGCAUACAGAAAGCAAAAUAAUUGAAAGAUAGAAAAAUAUGAUGCACUUUUCUGAACACAAAAAGAUGAAAUGUCUAUUGUAAAUAUCACUUGUUUCUUAUUACGCACAGAGUGAAAGUGUGUUGUGUCAAAAAACGAGCGUGGAACGUAAAGUGAAUACCUGAAUUGAGUUUUGCCUGGGUGUGAAUUUAAUUCUUGUGAGAGAGAACAGUGAAAUUGUAUUCUAAUUCUACAUGCCGCAAUAAGGAGUUUAAAAAGGUCAAGAAUAUCGUGUGGAAACGUUGCUAGGAAUUGAAUCAAAUAUUAAAGUCAGCAACCAUGGUGAUGGACUUCGUUCAAGUUUCGGAAGAAGAGGGUGAUGAGACCAUCGAGCUACCGUGCGAGGAAGAUGGCACUCUGCUGCUGUCUACCUUGCAGGCUCAGUUUCCUGGGUCCUGCGGUCUGAAUUAUCGCAACCUGAGCACAAAGGCGUUACGCGGAGUUCGUUCCAAUGAGGGCAGACUGUUUCCAUUGAACGUGGGUUCCGGAUGGGGGGAUUAUCAUUAUUUCUGCGUGUAUCCCAAGGAAAAUAAGCGUAAAAGUGAUGAUAGCUUGGAAAACUCGACGGCUAAGACCAAACGAAUUGAAACCCGUUUGCGUUGCACUGAUCUUGUAGUUCUCGGUUUGAACUGGAAGACAACUGAGGAGAGUUUGAGGGAAUAUUUUGAGACCUUUGGGGAGGUGCUUAUGGCCCAGAUAAAAAAGGACACCAAGUCGGGCCAGUCUAAGGGUUUUGGAUUCGUGCGCUUUGGAUCUUACGAUGCCCAGAUGCGCGUUCUUUCCAAUCGCCACCUCAUCGACGGUCGCUGGUGCGAGGUCAAGGUGCCGAACUCCAAGGGUGUUGACCACGAGUUGCCGUGCAAGGUCUUUGUAGGACGCUGCACAGAGGAAAUAAGCGCAGACGACUUGCGGGAUUAUUUCUCCAAGUUCGGCGAGAUCACGGAUGUGUUUAUUCCCCGUCCCUUUAGAGCUUUCAGUUUUGUCACUUUUCUCGAUCCUGACGUGGCACAGUCCCUGUGUGGAGAGGACCACAUAAUUAAGGGUGCAUCGGUUCAUGUGUCAAAUGCUGCCCCAAAAGCCGAGCAAAACAAAAACCAGCAAGGCCAGAGCUACAACAAUUCCGGCCGGAAUGGAUACCAAAGAGGUAACAACCAACGCAGUUCUUACGGCGGCGAGAAUUCAAUCAUCGGCAAUGACGGCAACAACGGCACGGCCGGUUACGGUACAAGUGACAAUAAUUAUGGAAGAAAUUCGGGCGGGGAUUACCAUAACAAUGGUAAUAACAAUUACUCCAACAACGUGAAAACAAAUCGACAGGACGGGGGGUCCCAGUACAACAAUAGACAGGCGAAUUUCCAUGGAAUGAACCAGACACAAAACGGUAAGGGAGGUGGAAACAACGGCUGGAUGAACCAGAGAAACCUGGAAAUGCCCAAUCUGCAGGCACUCGGCCUCAAUUCGCAGGGGUCAAACUCCUCCAACCAGGGCUCGAAUAUGCUUAAUCUGAACUCCUUGCCUAUCAAUCCCGCUAUGAUCGCUGCCGCUUUGAACCAAUGGAGUCUGAUCGGCAACCAGCUGCAGAAUCAAAACCAGGACCAGCAGGGCGGAAAUUUUUUAUCGUGGAUCCAGAACGGUGGCCACAACAACGCUAACAGCUUUGGUGGACGAAAGGGUUCGAACAACUCUAACAACCCGGGUUCCAACGGAAUAAUUCAGGGAGAAAACUCUGGCAUUAACGACCAACAGGUAGGAUAAACCCAUAUCGCCGAAAAAAUGGCAUUAACCAUUUUAGAAUGAAAAAACCGGUUGGUCAAAAACGGCAGCAAGCUUCAAAACUCCAUGCAAGGUCGAACAUUCUUUAGGACGGUACCAAACUGCUGUUGGUAUCUAAUAAUUAUGUAUUAAUUCUACAUCUAAAAAAUGUAUUAAUGAAUUUUAAUUUAAAAUGGUCACCUUAAUAUUUGUAAGUUUGUGGAUAAUACAAUUUAUAUAACGGUCUACAAAAUAAAUUAUGCUCCCUUUUAAAGCCUCAA